AUGUUUAUGGAACAUGAAAACAAGUACGCUUACAGUAUAAUGCAAAAUCAAGGAUAUGUAGUCAAAAUUAAUUUAGAAGAUAGUAGAAUGUUAACAGGAAAAGAUUCUAUACAAGAUUUGCUAUCUCAAGAUUGGUCCAAAAAAAUACCAAAAAAUAUUUUUGAAACUUUCCCUACCCUCGGAGCAUUAUGUGCUGAACAAAAACUAUGCAUAUCUGAUAAAAUAUUUGACGAUUUUAUUGACCACUUAACAGAUAACCUCAAAGUGGCUAGUGAAGAAGAAUUAAAGUCUAUAUUUUAUUCAUUACUGAAGUGGCCAGAAACAGAAUCCAUUAGAACUAGAAAUUACAUUGAAGUAUGGGCAGCUCUAGACGAUGAAUGUAUAAGAAGGAGUCAACAAUGGUCCUACGAUGAAAUGCUUACUUAUGUUACUCUGUUUUAUAUGCUCAAUGUAACACGGGUUAGUGACUUCUCAUACAAGUGUUUAAUGAAGUUAUCAGGAAAAGCAAAAAACUUAACACCUGCUCAACUUGUCACAACUAUGUUUUUUAUUGGAGUUCAACGAAAAUCACCUAAGUAUGUACAUAAUUUGGAGGUUUGCAUUACUGAACACUUUGAUAAAUUUACAAUUGACGAGCUUGCUAUAAUAUCUAUGGGAUUUUUUAAAAGCAAAACUCCUAUUAGGAAUAUGGAAUUAGUUGCAAAUUUAGCAAAUAAAAUUAUAGACCAUAGUUCAAGUAUCCAUGAAAUUUCUCUUGCAGCUUUGUUAAAAAUAAUCCGCUACUCAAUGAAAAUAACAACAGAUGAUACAAUAUAUAAGCUAUUGGAUACAUUGCAGUAUGAAGUACCAAGACUCUCAGUGAUGUGCAAUGUUCAUAUAGCAUUGGUAGGAACAUCCACACUAACUUUACACGAAGGUUGUUUAAAUGCUAUUGCUGACAUGCUGAGUACAUCAAUGUCUGAAACUAGGAUAAAAGAUUUGGAAAGAUUAGCGUUAACAUUUGGUACAUUUAAUUUCAAACCUCAGUCUGGAGAUUUUAUUUCUAAAAUGUUACAUGAAUUACGAAAACCAGAAAGAGAAAGUGAAUUUAAUUUACAUGGUAGAUCAUUUGCCUGUUGCAUAGCAUACUUAGGUUUAUUAGCAGUAUAUCCAAAAGACUUAAUACAUAAAGUACUACACCCAGCUUUUUUGGAAAAAACUUAUGGAAAACAUUGUAUAGGCUAUGGAAGAGAAAUUUUAACAUUACACAACACUGCUAAAAUAUUUUGCAAAGAUUCUAAAAUUAGUCAACUUACUGACAAAGAACUAAUUAUCAUGGCUAAAAAGUACACAGAUUAUGUGCCUGAUGAAAAUUAUGUUAAACAGUACAAUGUGACUGAAAGGAUGUUUUUGGAUGUUUUAAACAUAUUAAGAGAAGCUCGUGGCAAUGACUUUGUAAAGGGUGGUCAUAUUCUGACACAUCAUCAAAGGGGAGAUAUUAUAUUGUGUAAUGAUCGAAAGGGAUUUGCAAUGCCAGUAGGAGAUAAAUUUGACAACAAAUAUUUUGGAUUAACAAGAUCCCCUCCAGAUGAUAAUAUUUGGAUUGCAUUAGUAAUUGGAGGAAGAAAUGCUUUUAUCCGUAACACUAAAAUACCAAGUGGUCAAUUUAAAAGUAAAAUCAGAGAACUUAACACCUUGGGCUUCUGUGCUGAACUGAUAUCAUGGGAUGUGUUAAGAAAAUGUGAAACAAAAGAAGCCAAGUUGGAAUAUUUAAAUAAUCUAAUUGAAGUAGCUAUUAAAAAUAAAAGAAGUUACUACUACUCCACCUAA